AGCUGACAGCCUCAUUGCGCGGGUCUGUCAAAAAUAUCUGCCCCUUAGCUGAAUGUAUCCAGACAACGCUUCAGCUUCUAGGUUAUAUAGCUUUCGAUUAACGUUGUUUGUCGGAUGAAAUUUGUCAAUGGAGAACACCGGUAUGUUGUAUGCAGCCCCCGUAGCAGAAACUCAAGCGUUACAUUAGUAUACGUGACAGACAGUCCAUUAAUUGGAUUAGCGUUAAGUAAAGCCACCAGUAGAUAGUUUAGCAAACUUGCUAGCCAGUUAGCUAAACGGUAUGUUUAGAGUUAAGACUUGAAAAUAUAACGUGGACGUUUCGUUUUUCACAAACUGAUGCGAUUUGCUAUUUGUUAACCAACGUUAGCUGUCAAUUUAAGACACGAAUGGUAACGUUAAUCUAACGUUAGCUAGCUAGACAAUUCCGCGUGUGUCGUCCUUCCCCAUUUUAGGGUGUGUGCUAACGUUACAUACACCAGGGUUACAAUAACGUCUUCAGUAACGCUGGCUAGCUAUCAGCUCGUGUAGAAGUCAUUCACGUUAGGUCAACAACAUGGAUAACGUUAGUUUUAGUUCGCAGCGGUUUGACUCCACUAGCAGUAAAUCUCAAAAGAGGAAGGGCUCCAACAGCAGCCACAACACAUGUUAUGAUGAAGGAGACCGCAAACCAAAGUUUCACUUACCCUUUAGAAACAUCACAGAUGAUGUGCUGGACAGAUUCGCCAGUAUUCGGAUUCCGGGUAGUAAAAAGGAGCGGCCACCCCUAUCGCAGUCUAAACACAAUACGAAUGAUUGGUCCAUUUCUUCAUCAUCUACCUCACAUCAGUUUGAGGAACUUUCAUCCAAGAUCACCUCGGAAAAAGAGAUCUUGGCUCUGUUUGAAAAGAUGAUGGAGGACAUGAACUUGAAUGAGGAAAAAAAGACUCCUUUGAGAGAGAAGGACCUGAACACAAAGAGAGAAAUGGUCAUCCAGUAUGUUUUUACUGCCUCUAAAACUGGUAGUUUGAGAAGCAGCCAUCAGAUAUCUCCCCAGGAAUUCCUGGGAGAGCUGAAGUCGGGGGUAAUGGACGAACGUCUGUUUGCCUGUCUAGACUCACUGCGGGUGUCUCUUACCAGCAACCCUGUCAGUUGGGUGCAGAGCUUCGGCCAUGAGGGUCUUGGACUGCUGCUGGACAUUUUGGAAAGGUUGCUGUUCAAGAAACAGCAAGAUAAGCUUGACAAAAAGAAUCAACAUAAAGUUGUCCAGUGUCUCAAAGCCUUCAUGAACAAUAAGUAUGGGUUGGAUCGAAUCCUGGGAGAGGAGAAAAGUCUUGCAUUACUGGCAAGAGCCAUUGAUCCCACCCAGUCUGCGAUGAUGACUGACGUGGUGAAGCUGCUGUCAGCCAUCUGCAUCGUGGGCGAAGAGAACACUCUGGAAAAGGUCCUGGAAGCCAUCACCACAGCAGGGGAAUGGCGAGCCAUCGACAGGUUCAGUCCCAUUGUGCAGGGACUACGAGAUCGCUCGGUUCAAUUACAAGUGGCAUGCAUGCAGCUCAUCAAUGCACUAGUAACAUCCCCUGAUGAACUGGACUUCAGGCUGCACAUCAGAAAUGAAUUCAUGCGCUGUGGCCUGAAAGAGAUAUUGCCGCUUCUGACAACCAUCAGGAAUGAGGCCCUUGACAUUCAGCUAAAGGUAUUUGAGGAGCACAAAGACGAGGAUAUGAUGGAGUUCUCUCACAGGUUGGAAGACAUCAAAAGUGAACUGGAUGAUGCGGGGGACGUGUUCAGUAUUGUACAGAGCAUGGUGAAGGACAGCAGUGCAGAGCCCUAUUUCCUGUCUAUACUGCAGCACCUGAUGCUUAUACGCAACGACUACUUGGUCAGGCCCCAGUACUUUAAGAUCAUUGAGGAGUGUGUGUCUCAAAUUGUGCUCCACCGUAGUGGCACUGAUCCAGACUUCAGUUACCGCAAGCGCCUAGAUGUGGACAUCGGCCACCUUUUAGAGGUGUGUGUCGAUAAAGCUCGAAUUGAUGAGUAUGAACAAAGAGCUUCAGAACUGGCAGAGAAGUUUGAUGAAGAGUUUCUAAGCAGACAGGAGGCACAAGCUCAGCUGGUUAAGUGUGAUGAACAAAUAGCUGAACUCCAAGCAGAGCUGCAGGCCUUCAGGUCCCAGUUUGGAGCUGUACCUGUGGGUCUGUCCUCUGCCCAUGUUGGACAGACGUCAUCGUCCCCAGCUUUCCCUUCUGGGCCUCCACCCCCAGUUGUAGCAGCUGGACUGCCAGCUCCCCCUCCUCCGCCACCUUUGCCUGGUUGUCAUGCCCCACCUCCCCCACCUGGAGUGCCUCCUCCAUUUGGUGCCCCCCCUCCACCCCCUCUAGGGUUUGGGGGUGGUCUAGGCUCCCCUACCCACCAUGCACUGCCUUAUGGCCUCAGACCUAAGAAGGAUUUCAAGCCUGAGACUUCCAUGAAACGUCUCAACUGGUCCAAGAUCCGUCCCCAGGAAAUGUCAGAUGGCUGUUUCUGGGUGCGGGCUGAUGAGAACCAAUAUGCAAAACCAGAGUUACUUUGCAGAGUUGCUCUCACUUUUUGUUCACAGAGAACAGAAACUAAAGACUGUGAGGACAGUGUCCCAACAGAGGAGCCACCCAAAAAAGAAGAGGAAGAUCUGGAGGAUAAAAAAUCCAUAAAGAAAAGAAUUAAAGAGCUCAAGGUGCUAGAUCCUAAGAUUGCACAGAAUCUAUCUAUCUUCCUGGGUUCCUUCCGUAUGCCUUACCAGGAAAUUCGUCGGAUGAUAGUGGAGGUGGAUGAGGAGCAACUCACUGAACCUAUGAUCCAGAACCUUGUUAAGCACCUACCAGAGCAGGAGCAGCUGAACGCCUUGGCCAAGUAUAAAAAUGAGUACGCAAAUUUGUCGGAGCCGGAGCAGUUUGGGGUUGUGAUGAGCAGUGUAAAGAGGCUGCGUCCUCGCCUGAACCAUAUCCUCUUCCGGCUGCAGUUUGAGGAGCAGGUAAACAACCUGCGUCCCGAUAUCCUGGCUGUAAACGCUGCGUGUGAUGAGGUCAGGAAGAGCCGCUCCUUUGGCCGCUUGCUGGAGCUGGUGCUGCUGCUGGGGAAUUACAUGAAUGCAGGAUCUCGAAACGCCCAGUCAUAUGGCUUUGACCUCAGUUCCCUCUGCAAGCUGAAGGACACUAAGUCAGCGGACCAAAAAACCACAUUACUCCACUUCCUGGCGCAAGUAUGUGAGGAGGAAUUUCCAGAUGUGAUCAACUUUGUUGAAGACCUGGAGCAUGUGGACCGAUCUAGCAGAGUGUCUGCAGAGAAUCUGGAAAAGAGCCUCAGGCAGAUGGAGAUGCAGCUGCUGCAGCUGGAGAGAGACCUGGAGACUUUCUCCUCCCCCGAUGACCCCAACGACAUGUUCCUCACUAAAAUGGCUAGCUUCAGCAAGGUUGCCAGGGAGCAGUAUGGCAAGCUGGUGAUAAUGCACAGCAAUAUGGAGACGCUAUAUCAAAACAUGCUGGAGUACUUUGCCAUCGACCCCAAGAAGACCUCUGUGGAGGAGCUGUUUACAGAUCUCAGCAACUUCCGUGCCAUGUUCACUCAAGCACUGAAGGAAAACCUGAAGCAGAGGGAGACAGAGGAGAAACAGAGGAGGGCACUGGCGGCAAAGGAGAAGGCUGAGCGUGAAAAGCAGGAGAGACAACAGAAGAAGAGGAGGUUGCUGGAAGUCAAUGCAGAGAAUGAUGAGACAGGUGUGAUGGAUAGUUUGCUGGAAGCCCUACAGUCAGGAGCUGCUUUUAGAGACCGCAGGAAGAGAGCACCAAGACCCAGAGAGAACCAGCAGCAGAUGAUCAGCCCCAGCUCCUUCCGCCAGGUUCUCAGGCCUGUUAACCAUGAAAACAACAAGGCACCUUUACAAAGGUCCCGCUCCCGGCAGAAUAUAAAUUUAGGCUCAGCGGUGGUGAAAGCUUCGCCAGCCAAGGAGCCCCGUAACGAGUCUGAGUGCCAUCCAUCUGCAGCCCGCGCCAAGGCUGCUGCGUGUUCGGAGCCAGGCCGCAGGUACAGGAACACCCCGAGUCACAGCCACUGGCUGGACAGAGAGAGGGUGGUGGAGAGAGAAACGGUUAAGCUGACGGAAAAUAAGAUGGGGGUAGAAGCAGAGCCUCCGGCCUUCCAGCAUUCCUCCACUGCUACAGCUGCAGCGGUCAGCAGCUGCAGCAGCAAUGGAGAGUCCGAUUUAGAGACUCUCCUGGCCAAACUCAGGGCCUUGUGAAGUAGCUUUACAUCGUCUCUGAAGCUCCAUACAUUUACAGUAUGAUGGUGCCCACACAUAUUAACACAUUCUGAAUAUGACCAAAAAGAUUAUGCUGCAACAAUUUUGUAGACAAGCAGAAUAUUUUGUUGUUAAGAAAAAAUUGUGAAGUUUUUGUCAUUGUGUGAAUAGCAGGGCAAUUUAAUUAACUAAUAACAUUAAAUAACCAAGAAUUAUUUUACAGCUUCGUGGAAAACACAUUUGUAUGAAACUACCAAUAAAUUGAUGGACCAUGCUGUUAACACUCGGUACAUUUCUGAAAGAAAAUUGAGACAGGUGGAGCACAGAUAGAUGGUCACACAUAAUGUCCUCAGAAAUAAAUAAUAUAUUUAGAAAAGUUGUAAUUCAAUGGUAACACUUAGGCAUAUUACCGGUAGUAACUUAACUUUUCAAAAGAGGAACUACAACCCAAAUAUGUUCAGGAGUAUCUACCGGAUCCUGUAAAGUGCAUUGCCAAAAUCGUUGGCUAUCUUCAUGUAUUUCUAACGAGACUAUAACGUCUUAUCUGA